AUGGAGAAAGGAAUUCAACUACACCGAGUCGGUGUUAUUGUUGCACAACUAGACAUACCCGAACGGUUUCCCACCGGUAUCUAUUGCCGUCGUGAGAGAGUCGAACACGCGACCGUUAAAAUCCCUCACUUAGAAGAGGAAUUCUCGUUUGGGGACGUGUAUCAUAUCCGUGUAUUUGAUGUGAACCAGGACUGCAAAGCGUUGCUAUUUCUACCUUUGUACGAGGCGCCUUCAGGCAAUGAGCAGAUGAUUGUUCGGUUCCUGUGUGGUAACUAUGACGACUUCGUAGCAGAUGAAUAUGUCACGAACGGAAAGAACGUUUACCUUCCAUUGGACGUCAUAUUGAUGCCGGACAGAACGUGUAUCUGUAUGAUCAAUAUCCGUCAGAGGAUUGAGGAGAGAGCAGUUGGCGAACAAGAAGCAACCAUAACGUCGGACAUGGACCAGGACUUUGCAAUGAACAUCCAGUCUGGAUCAUUCGAGGCAGACACCGUAUUGAGUCUCCAGGUAUUUGAAACGAAUCCGAAUGAUGAUGUCACAGAGGCAUUCGAUGAAUCCGAAUCCGAAGAGGAAGAACAGCGAACUUCUCAUGAAACGGCUACGAAAAGCAAGGCCGCGGAAAGCGAAAAAAAGAUGCACUCUUGUAAUCUUCUGACAAACUUGUACCAGAUCAAUAUUUCAGGAGACCAGCCCAAGAAGACUGUCACGCUGACACUUCCUCUUGGAAACGGGAUGACCGCAGACGACAAUAUUGUUAUAAUCCAUGCUAACGAGACGGAAUUGAAUCAGGAAAACGCCUUGGAAAUGUUGCCGGUUCAGCCGCAAGUUGUGAACGGGAAAAUUGUCUUUGAAGUUUCGCAAUUCUGCGUUUUUUAA